UUGGUGCCUCACAGACUCACCGUGUGGUUGUAUUAUUUUUUGUAAUAAUCAUUCUCCUCUCCUGUGGCAGCGGCGACGACGGAAUACUACAGUGCACACAUCUUUUAACGAAAUACACACACGCAUAGUGUGGAGAGAGGCAGAACACCAUCAACGCACGUGCAAUGCCGAGAUGCUGCAAUGAGAACAAGUCACUGAGGCUGGUGAGCAGCAAUCAGCAACAUAACAACUCGGACAGUAUCAUUAUUGCACACACAGAUAGACCAUUCACCAUUGGCUCCCAGGGACAAUUAGAUGUGGAUGAGCAUACACCUGUUGUAGUUGUCGAGAGAUCUCAUAGACGUGUUCGCUGUGAUCUCAGUCCUGUACCGACUAAUAACAGUGCUGGAUAUAUCAAACUCAUUGGCAUCAAAGAUAAAUCAACACAUCACAACAAUCACACAAAGCACAACAGUCCAAGUAGCAGUAGUUAUAGGGAAAAAGAGGCAAGAAAAAAAGCAGCAAUAGGCAACGUAGUACGUGGACUUCUCUCAUCAGGCCAUAACAGGCAGGACAGGUAUGAGACUAGUAGACAACGACCAUCAGGAGGAAGUGGCAGUGGUGUCAGUCUUUCGGGAUUGUGCCCCAAAUUGUCCACAAACUCGGGUAACACUGGCCACAGUAAUAUUGGUUUGGGUCACCACAUAGCCUCGCAGGAAAAUCCAGCUGCAAGUAGUACUGCUGUCACUCCAAAGAAUCGGAGACCCAAGAAAGUCACUAUUCAUUCUCAAGCUACUAGUAGCUCUGAUCGCAAGCUAAAGUCGAAUCGAGGGGAACAUGAAUCACAUUCGCCGCCUACGUCAUUAACGAGAAACGGAAUCUCAUCGAGCUCACAAUCACUGUCAAGGCAGCAAAAGAAUUCGGAUCCCAUCGACAAAUCAUUGAUCGAUUACGAGAAUAAUCAUAAUCUUAGCGAUGCCGAGGAAGCUAUCACUGCUACGCAAAAUCUUAAAGUCUCAGGCUCUAGUAUGCCAUCCAUGCCAAUAGGAAAAGGGAACCCUAGAAAAAUAAGUAAAGAGGAAAAGACUGCACAAAGAAGUAUGCACUCGAGAGACUCGAGGGAUGAUAGUGUUAGCGAUACGAGUAGUAGCCGUAAGUUGUUACCGGAUACAAGAAACGGAAGGACCACGAGUGAAGAUAUCGUGCAAAGUUUCGACACUUCCAUAUCGUUAAAAAAGAAGCAACAACAGCAACAGCCAAAUGCAGAUGAGAGCGUUCGUGAAAUGAAACGGAAACCAUCCGUUUACUCUUUAGUUAAUUUCGACUCUAAGAUUAGUGCCAAUAGGAGAUUAAAUGUCAAACAGGAUAAAGAUAGUGAUGAGAUAUUGGAUGAUUCUCUCAACAACGAAAGUAAUCAAAGUGAUAUGACGGAAAACAGUUCAUCGAGUACAAGUAAGUCUAGGCAUAAAAAGCUCACAUUGGAUACCUCGUCAGCUUCGACAAGCGAGCCGAAACAAAUCGAACAAGUGAAAAAUUCACGAUUUACUACGUCGAAUGUGAUGGGCGAGUCUGUAGAUCUGGAAGCUAAAGUCGAGGAAGUAGAAGCUAGCGUCGAGGGUGAAGUAACAAUCUUCGAUGAAGACGACAACGGAACGAGUAUAAGUGAUAUUGUCGCGACGCAAGCACUCCACGAGUCAUUGAGCAAAAUGGGCAAAGUACCGUCGCCGUUAGCAACGGAUAUUAAAAAUGAGGAUGUAAGCGCCGAGUCAAAGGGUGUUGUUCAAGAAGAAAUUGUAGAAGGUUUUAUUGGUCCACUGCUGGAUGAAAAUUUUAAACCUGACGAGCAGCACGCAAACAAGAGUUUAUUUGGCAUGAAGGAAGUGGAGAAUUUGUUGAAAAAGGUGAAAGCACAAGCGAUUGAGGACGACGAUGAUGAAGAGAAAGCUGUGGCGAUUUCGCCUGAUCAGAGGUUUCUCAAGUUUGAGGAGGAGAUCGGGCGCGGUAGUUUUAAAACUGUAUAUAGAGGUCUAGAUACGCAAACAGGUGUUGCCGUUGCUUGGUGUGAAUUACAGGAGAAAAAACUAAACAAAACGGAAAGACUGAGGUUUAGAGAAGAAGCCGAAAUGUUAAAAGGCUUGCAGCAUCCAAAUAUAGUUAGAUUUUAUGAUUACUGGGAGGUGACAACCACCAGGCGCAAGUAUAUUGUUUUAGUUACAGAACUCAUGACUUCAGGCACUCUCAAAACGUAUCUCCGACGAUUUAAAAAGAUAAAUCCUAAGGUUUUAAAAUCCUGGUGUCGUCAAAUCCUAAAAGGCCUGGCGUUCCUACAUUCGCGCUCACCACCAAUAAUUCAUCGUGACCUCAAGUGCGACAAUAUUUUCAUCACAGGCACAACAGGAAGCGUGAAAAUCGGUGACCUCGGCCUCGCUACACUGAAAAAUCGAAGUUUCGCUAAAAGCGUUAUCGGCACACCCGAAUUCAUGGCUCCCGAGAUGUACGAGGAACAUUAUGACGAAUCUGUGGACGUUUAUGCGUUUGGCAUGUGUAUGUUGGAAAUGGCUACCAGCGAGUAUCCAUAUUCUGAAUGCACAGGACCAGCGCAGAUUUAUAAGAGAGUUGUUUCGGGUGUCAAACCACAAAGCUACGACAAAGUGGAGAAUCCAGAAGUCCGCGAGAUAAUUGAGAUGUGCAUUCGCCUAAAGAAGGAAGAGCGACCACUGGUCAAGGAUCUUCUAAACCACGAGUUUUUCGCCGACGACGUUGGACUGAAAUUAGAAAUGGUGUCACGUGAUAAUGCGGUAGCCGAAGCUGAUUUAUCACGAGUCGAAUUCCGUCUUCGAGUAUUAGAUCCAAAAAAAAGGGUUAGCAAACACAAAGAGAACGAAGCUAUUCAGUUUGAUUUUGAUAUUGAGAAUGACAACGCGGAGGAGGUCGCUUCAGAAAUGGCAAAGUCGAGUUUGAUAUUGGAAGAGGACGUAAAAAGUGUGGCGAAGAUGUUGAAGUCACAGAUCGCAGCAUUAAAACGUGAGAGAGAAGAGAGAAAAUUGAAAGAGGAAAAAGAACGCCAAGAUGCCGAGACUUCUGCGGCUAAUGAAAUUCAAAAUCAGAUGUUUAUCCAACAAAUCCAGCAGCAGCAGCAAACUCAACAAGUUCCGUCUGGAGUCAGUUUGCAACAGGUGCAAAACACAGUGACUAUCCAACAACAUAGUUUGCAACCACAACCAGUUCAGAUGGUCCAACAACAACCUAUUAUCCAACAGCAAACUCCAGUAAUCCAACCGCAGCAGGCGCAGCAACAGCAGCUGCAAGCCCAACAGCAAUUGCAGCAGCAAUAUCAAGCACUAAGUGCAAAUUCGUCAACGUGUUCGACACCUCAAGCUAUUCCUGCUCAAGCGCCUUUCCCUCAAGUCACUCAGCAGCAAUUGCAGCAACAGUACAUACAACUCAAUCAAAUGGGUAUCGCAUCUCAAAUACCUAUCCCGCAGAUACAGCAGACAAUUCAGUUUACUAAGACGCAAGUCCAACAUGUGCAACAAAUUCACCAAAAUCCCGCUGCACCUCCGACAUCGGCAGUCCAAAGCAUACCAAAUCAGCAAUUCUAUCAAGGAGCAGGUCCAAUGCAAACCUAUGCUACUCCACAAAUAUAUCAACAAAAUAUCGGGCAGCAAAUGUUUCAAGGAUAUUCAACCAGUUCAACUGGUAGCCAUAUAGACGUUUUACCUAAUCAACAGUCACAGCAGGUUUUUGCUACUCAUCCCAAUCAACCUGGUAGUACUGCUGUGGCUACGUCGAUAGGCUACAUUCAACCGUUGCAAGUACAAGUAUCCUUGCCACAACAGAUUGCUAACAUUCCAAGUGUUACCGCUGUUACGCCAACUGUUCAGCAAACUCUACAGGCAUCUGCUAUACCAUCGAAUAUUCAGAAUGCACCGAUAAUAUCAAGCGGAGCAACUCAAACCCAAACCCAACAAAAUGUGAUCCAAAUGCCAUAUUCGCAAAGUGCUAACAUUGUAGCCUCUGCGAACACAAUAUCGCAAAAUGUAAGUGUUAUUUCGCAAGGACUUACGACUGUUCAACCACAGCAGCAAUCACAAAUGCAACCACAAAUGCAACCACAGCAGCAACCACAAAUGCAGCCACAGCAACAACCACAAAUGCAGCCACAGCAACAACCACAAAUCCAACCACAGCAGCAACCACAAAUGCAACCACAGCAGCAGCCACAAAUACAAACACAGCAACAAUCACAAAUGCAACCACAGCAGCAACCACAAAUGCAACCACAGCAGCAACCACAAAUGCAACCACAACAGCAACCACAAAUGCAACCGCAGCAGCAACCGCAAAUGCAACCGCAACAACAACCACAAAUGCAACCGCAGCAGCAACCACAAAUGCAACCACAGCAGCAACAACAAAUGCAACCGCAGCAGCAACCACAAAUGCAGACACAGCAACAACCACAGCAGCAACCGCAAAUGCAACCUCAGCAGCAAACACAAAUGCAACCACAGCAGCAACCACAAAUGCAACCACAGCAGCAACCACAAAUGCAACCGCAACAGCAACCACAAAUGCAACCGCAGCAACAACCACAAAUGCAACCGCAGCAGCAACAACAAAUACAACAACAAAUGCAACCGCAGCAGCAACCACAAAUGCAACCACAGCAGCAACCACAACAACCGCAGCAGCAAUCACAACAGCAACCGCAAAUGCAACCACAGCAUCAGCCUACACCUCAACUUCAACAACAGCCGCAGAUACAACCGCAAAUCCAACAACCGUCACAAAUGCAACAACAAGCGCAGAUACAACCGCAAAUCCAACAACAGUCACCUAUGGUGCAACAACAGCCGCUGAUGCAACAACAACAAAUGCAGGAUCAACAGCAAAUGUUAAUAACGCAGCAGCAACAGCAGCAAUCUGCCAUGCAACAACCAAUUGUUCAACAAGUUGUUCAACAACAGGUUAUUCAGCAGCAAGUUGUACAACAGCAGAUUGUUCAACAGCAGCAACAAUCCAUUGUUCAACCGCAGCCUGUAUCUCAACAACCUCCAAUUCAUCAACAAAAUUUCCCAACAAUUAACGAGUCUACUAUAAUCACUGAAAAGACUUUGAUAAAACAAGAGACUAUUGAAGUUUCACGAGGUAUUACGUCGCUGGAAGUGGUUUCAAAUGUCCAGCAAUUGGAUAAUCAAAUUCCAUCUACUGCUACGACUGAAGUGGGAGAUGCACGUUCUGACAUUGUUGACAAUUCCAUGACAACAGCGACAGAGAAGAGCAAAAUUAAGAGAACUGGUACAAAGAGAAAGAAGCCCGGGAUCAAAUUAACAGUUUUGUCAGUGAGCAAUGUCGAGGGCCAGGCUUUGUCCGUUGAGUGCCAACUCGACACUAGCAAACAGAAAACUGUCACUUUUAAAUUUGAUCGAGAUGAUAUGGUACCAACCGACAUUGCAAACAAUUUGGUAGCAGAAAAUCUAUUGCCACAGUCGCAACGUGAAACAUUUAUUGAGCUCAUUGAAGACAUCGUUCGGCAAUUACGACUCGACCCAACUCUCAAUUUACCAUUAAUAGCUCAUGGUCCUCCUCAUCAAUCAGCUGGAGGUAGCCCUGUUACGAGUCGAAGACCUCGCGAACGUGAUCACAGUCUGGAUGCUGUUAAGCAGGUGAGACACGGCUCGCUAACGCGGCAAAGCAGCCAACGUUCCUCGUACAAAGUUCAUCGUAGGCACCGCUCGAGGGAUGAAACUUCAAAUACGUCGACACCAACCAAGAUAUUGCCCAUCGACCAGAUCAUUUCUCAUAUCGCCAAUGCAGCACUCUCUGAUAAACAUCAACAGCAGCAACAACAACAGCAACAACAACAGCAGCUGCAGCAAACUACUGCAACUCCAUCAGCAAAUGAAACUCAAAAUAAUCAAAGUUCAGCUGAGCCAACCGAGGCAUCGAGACGUUCAUCUACAUCAACUCAAAACACUGACACUCUUACACCCACAAAUCCUGUUGAGUUUUUGGAUAAUCUCGAGUCAGUCUCAGCUGGGUCGACGAUCAUUGGAGUGGAUAUGGAGAAUCACGAGUCUGAGGAAAGUACUGACCCUUCGAAGACUGCUAACGCAUAUGAGAGUACUUCUAAUCUUGUUGGCGACACGCAAAAUUUCGAGCAGAAGAAUGAAAUUCAGUCUGCUACAGAUAACGUAGCAAAAGAGAUGUUCCAAGCCCAGCAGUUACCUAUGGACGAUAAUCAAGUUAAGGAGUCGAGUGAUUUUAAUAAUACAGAGGUGAUGAAAGCAUCAGUGCCACCAAUGCGAAAGAUUUCACGUUUCCUCGUGAGCCCCGUUGUCGAGCAGAAAGCCGUAGUCACAGAUGGCGAAACGAGAAUCCAACAUGAAGUUGUUGAACGUCCUACUGAGGUAGGAAAACUUGAAGUUACAGCUAUGCAGAAAUCUGAUCAGGUGACUGAAGGGCAUAUUAUCGAGAGACCAACGGAUAUCAAUAUUGGAGUUCAACAAGUAUCCAUCCAACAGCAACAAUAUCAACAAAUUAUGCAAAGCGAGGUACCGCAGGUGCAGCAAAUAUCGCACAUCAUUAGCGAAAAUGAAUCGGUAGUUCAACAGAGUCAACAGAAUAUUGCUACAGCUCCAAUAGUUGAUAUUCAGCAAAAUAUAGUAGCACCAAUUAUGAUACAGGACCAACAGGUCAUUCAACAAAAUUACAUGGUUCAAGCGCAACAAGAAGUUAUAACGCAACCUCAGCUAAUCCAACAACAAUCACAGCAGCAGAUGAAUCUGCAGCCUUCGGUUCAAAAUCUAACGCAACCGAGCGUCGACGAGCGAAACCGCAGGAUUUCCAACAUAUCCAACAUAUCGUCCGAUUCACAAACUGAAAAUAACGUUUCUAUCUACAGUAACGUUCCUGAUGACAAAAAAGCAGCUCAAGUUCAACCGAUUCAACAACAGGUAUAUCCUCAACAACAGCAGCAACAGCUAUUGCAGAUACAGCAACCGAUACCGCAACAGCAACAAGAAAUUAUUUCAAACGGCUACACGGAACCAAUACAACAAACGCAACAACAGAUCCCGCCGCAACAACCAGUAAUCCAACAAAAUGUUGUUCAACCGAUUCAAUCUCAAAUUCCCGUCACAGUAACAACAGCAACAACAGCAGUGGAAGCUGCGCCAAAAAAAGCCAAAGAAGUAUCGUCAACUUUGCCCGAUUUAGCGCAGAAUCUCGCCAAUAUACUGUCGAAUCCGAAAUCCAAAGCCGCCCAUCCAGUCGUCCAGGGUCACGAACCCGUACAGAAUCCCGCCGCGGUUAUUCAACCAAUUUUGCACACCGAACAGUAUUUCCAACCUGUACAAGCAGAUCUCUGCCUGCAGAAUACUCAUUAUCAGCAGCAAAUGCAACAGAACGUGCAGCAGGUAAUGAGAAAGUUGCACCACCUUGGAAAGUCUUUUUGGUUGUUACAAGCGCAGCCGAACUUCCCAACAAACAUUCCGACUCAGUCAGCGCCAUUGGCUCAUCCAACGUUGAUUCAAGCGAUGCCACAAGCGAAUCUUCAGCAACAAAUCGACCAAACUCAAAUAAUCCAUCAACAGCCACAUGCAUUACCAACACACGCGACUAUCCAAGGACAAUGGAUCUUGCCUUCAUACGCUCCUUUACCGGGGCAAAAUAUUAUCCAACUGCAGCCAAUUCAACACGUACACUAUAUUCAAAGUCAGGCGACUUUGCAACCUAUGAUGCAACCUUAUCAAAUCGCACCACAAGCUCAUUUGCAAUCGCAGCAAACGUUGCCGGAAUCGACAGAUAACUCAGAUCAAUAUAAUCUGCAGCUGAAGUUCCCUGAGCACAAGCAGCAAGAUACGAAUUCCGAGUACAAUCUCAGUCGUCGUACGAGUUCCGAUUGUCAGAUGCUAUCAUCGGAGAAUGAGAACUCCAGUCACGAUAUCACUCCAGAACAUACGUUUGUCGAGUCGAUGGAUAACGCUAUUUAUCACCAGCAAUUUAUGAGGGAUCAUCACAGAAAAUUAAGUCAACAGAACUCAUUGGACAAACCGGAGGGUGGUCCGCAAACUAUAGCCUAUCUGCAGCAGAAGCUCACGCAGUUGACUAGUCAACCGUCUGAGUUGGCUAAUUAUAAUACACCUCCGAUCAGUCAUCCUGCGACUUUGCAUACUCAACCAGCACCUGCUUUGCAUGAUAUACACGUGCAUCAGCUUCAACAAAAAAUGGGUGCUGCGCCUGGUAUCUCUGUACCGAGUAUUCAAACUUUGGCAUCUUCGUCUCCACAUUCGACGAUACAUUCUGGAUACUCGACUAUCUCGAAUGAAGCUGGUGCAGUCGAUGGUAAUGCCGUUGCAGAACAAUUUGCUACUCAAAGUGUUUAUGCUUCAAAUACGGUUGAGCUCGACAGUCCAACGCUAGUGUCGACCAGUAGUCAAUCCCAAGAGAUUUCAAGCCCCACGAAAGAAGCUAAAUCGCGCGUACCAAAGCCAGGCUCGCGACUGCAAGAACUCGAACACGAGUUGGCAAAAAUUCAUCAAAAAACGCCAAGUGUCAUAACAACCUCGCAAACUAUGGUUUACGCGAAUACAUCGACCGCCCAUCUGACUGUUAGUAGUGUUCCUGUUGCGACUGUUGCUCCGAGCGUUGUUACACCUGUGAUGGAAACUGCUGGACAGCUGGAAACUACGGAUAAUUCUGGUUCUAAUAUUGAGAAUCAGCCUGCGAGGAAAAUUUCAAGGUUCAUGGUGUCUAAAGUGGCUGGUCCACCCUCAAACGAAACUGUUGCUUCGCAAAAUCCAAAUUUGGAUGAUAGCAAGAGUGUCGAAAGCAAGACUAAUACUGUUCAGCAUUACGCUGAGGAGCACACAAUUGGUGCAGCGUCGAUACAAUUAUUGCACAGAAGGGAAGGUUCAGUGCCGCCGCCUCAAGGCUCUACUUCGAAUAAUGCUUUACCUACUGAGCUUGAGAAGGAAGAAAGGUUGCCAAUUUUAACACCCAGCGAAGAAUACCAACUUCUUAUCAAAAGGCAAACAAUGGAAUUGGAAACAUUGCAAAAGCGACACCGGGAAGAGUUAGAGCGCUUUCAACAACAUCAGUUACAGUUGCUUAUACAGCAGCAACAGCAAGCAAGUGCUUAUCAUCAACACCAUCAUCACCCUCUACUAUAUGAUACUAUCACAGAUCUGUUGAUGGCAGGGCAAUCGAGGCUAUCUGGAAUGGAAGAUUAUAUAAUGUUCAGUCCAGCAACGCAGACGCCAAUGCAACGUAAGCUUAGUUAUUCACCAGACACCGAGGAAACAUUGAGGCUUGCAACGCAAAAGCUCAAGCAGCCUCAAGGAGUUCCAUCGCAAAGCCAAGCAGCUGCUCUUUCCCACGCCUACGUCAUACCAGUGCCAAUAGUGCCUUCGGAUAAUUAUCAAAGCAUUGCCGCCGUGCAAACUGAACAACAGCAGCUCGACAUCGCUGGAAUGUUUCCACCGCAGUAUCAGUUCGCCACUGCUACUAUGCCCGACACAUCAACACAGGGAAGCUCGACGAGCACUCUAGUCACAAACGUGUUAACAGGCAGCUCUUCGAGUUAUCUGCCAUAUUACGCGGAACCUUCGGCCCUAGCAACAUCGACCUACAAUUAUGCACCAGCCCCAACAGCAUCGACAACAACGGCGGCGGCAACGGCACAACCGGGUAGAUUCAUCUUACCACCAGGUUAUCGGUUAGUGUACGCACCGACGACACUGCAAGCACCACCGCCAGUUGCUGCUGCUUCGGCGUCGGCGCCACAAUUGGCAACGCCAAUGCAACUGGGCAGUAGUUGCUCGCACGAUGGCACUCCGCCCAGUGAGCCUCAGCAAUGCGAAACAGAGUAGAUAGCGGCUACCUACUUAUACCCAUCCUCUACUCUCCUUUUUUCGUUGUUGUUGAUUACUAAAAUGCUGUGCAUUUUGACGUGACGUCUGUGUCUAUCCGUAUACGUAUAACUUGUAUGUUGUGAUGUAUGUUUGCGAUCAAAACGAAAGAAUUGGUGAAAUUUGUUUUGAGAAAGAAAGAAAACAACUCUGUUGUUUGAUUAAUGGUGAUUGAUUAAUUUUUUUAGUUAGCGAACAAGUGUAACUUUUUAAAGACAGAAGCGUGUGUUGUAGUUUUAAAAGAUGGAAAGACAAGAAUACGAAUGCGCGUCGUGAGCUGUAUGUAACCAAUGUGUCAAAUACGUGCCGCUUUAAUUAUCUCUCUACUAGAACGGGACAAAAAAAACAAGACAAAACUGUUUUGAAUACAACAAAAAAUACCUGUUUACUGUGUAAAAUUGGGUGUAGAGGCCUUUUUCUACUAGUACACUUCUGAUUACGUGAGUGCAUGAAUGAGACUUUGAGCGAAUGAUCAUGAUGGAUUGUAAUAUCGGAUGUGAAAGAUAAUAUGUAAACGUGGGUGAUAUAUCAAGUGACUUUUUAUAAUGUCGCUUUUUACAUCUAACAAACAAACAAAAAUAAUUAAAAAAAAAAACAGGCCUCAGCUAGUCGUACAACUGAAGAAGCGUUUAAUCCGUUCUCUUUAUAAUCAUUUUUUUUUUUCUUGCUUGACAUUGCGCUGGUUAGUCGAGUGUACACGCAGAUAGAGAAAAUCCAGUCGAUUUGUCUUUUUGUUUUCGUUCGAUGGAUAUGAAAUUAUUAAAGAGAAUGUGAUUUCUGGUAGUCACUGUUGCGUAUGCUUUAAUGUAAUUCUUUUUGUCGUAGUCAUUUUACAUUUGAUGUAUAACAGAGAGAUGAAAAUUGACGCUUUUGUUACUAGAUUACUAGGGAUCCCAUAUCCUUUUCGAAAAUUGACAUUUCUUUCUUUCUAUCUGUUUUGUUGACUUUUUUAUUACUUCGUUCUCUUCCUGAUAUGCCGUAGUCAAUCCGACUGCGUUGCAUUAUAAUUUUUUUUUUAAGGAAGCGACGUUUCAUACUCUACUCGCGCGUAUUAUUAUUAUAUUAUUACUAUUAUUAUGAUUAUUAUUAUUGCUAUUAUGGACAUCAUUAUCAUAAUUAAAUGCCUCGUUGAUCAGUGUUAAUAAUUUUUUCAUAAGAAAAAAACAAAUCCUAUCCCAAUAAGAUACAAGUGCUAGUUUCAAAUAUUUUGGAGCUAAGUUUGAAGGUCCACAGGAUAUUUUAUAUAUAAAAAAAAUUAACUUCCAUCAAACAAAAAAAUAAUUACAUAAAAAGUUAUAAUUGUCUAUUAAUAGAAUGUGAUAUGAAGCAACCAGAGUGUUGUCUAGACUUUUUCGAAAACUUUGAAUUUUUUAUAUAUAUUGAAAUAAUUUCAAUGUCACAAUUUUACGUCUCAAAGUAUUUUUGCAUAGCCAUCUGACAAGAAUGAAAAAAAAGCAAAUAAACAAAUAUUAAUCACACGAGAAAACUUUGAAACUAUUUUAAAUAAAUGUAACUACGCUACAAAUAAACUUUAUCUUAACCGAUAACCACAUCAAAAAGAAAAAGAAUAUUUAAUUACUUGUACGGUUAAUUGGUUUUAUUGCGUCAGUGAAAAGAAAUGUCUUGCAGAUGAGAACAUGAUUUAGUUUUUAAUUGCAGUACGCGCAUGUGUGUAAAGAAAAAUUUAUGUAUGAAAAAAAUGACAUCGAUUACUGUAUCGUAUAUUACGUGGUAUUUAAAAUUUGUCAUUAUUGCUUCAAUUAUA